GUUGGCAGCAUGUCAUGCUAUCAGACUGACAAGUGACAAGUUUCAGUUGUGUAAUAUAAUUGUCAAUUGUCAUUUGCCACUGUCAUCUGUCUAUUUGACCUUUUCCAUUUUUUCAGCUCGCUAAGGGCAAAAUGGUUCAACGAUUAGUCUUCAGACGACGAUUGUCGUAUAAUACAAAAUCCAACAGGAGACGCAUUGUUCGAACUCCUGGUGGUAAGCUAGUCUACCAAUAUUUGAAAAAACCCAAGAAGAUCCCAAGAUGUGGUCAGUGCAAUGACAAGCUUAGGGGUAUCUUGCCAGCUAGGCCACAAGAACGUUCCCGCCUAUGCAGGAGGAAGAAGACUGUAAAGAGAGCAUAUGGUGGAGUUCUAUGUCACAAGUGUGUCAAAGAAAAGAUCGUCAGAGCUUUCCUCAUUGAAGAACAAAAAAUUGUUGUUAAAGUUCUUAAAGCCCAACAAGCUGUAAUUAAGGGAAAGAAAUAGAUGGUAAUAUAUGCUUGACUUUUUA